GGAACGAGACAUACCUUCAGAAUGGGAAUAAAAAGCGGAUAGAAUAGAAUAAUCGGGUGGAUGAUUUGUCCCACUAAAUGCAGCUAAACCUACAAGAACGGGGAAAGAGGGCCCCAUCAUGUCCAGCUCGCUCCUAUGGGCAGUGGACGUAUACGGGAAGGUGUACAGCCUAUCCACCACCGGAGGGCGCUGGGAGCGUGACGAGGACACCCUCCUGGAGCUAAAGCGCGUUACCGCUGGACAGAGGUGCAGCUGGGGAAUUGGCUGUGACCACCAUGUUUACCUCAAUAUCGACCCUGGGGAGGUGCCAAUUCGCUAUCGAGAGGAGACCUAUGAGAACCAGAGGUGGAACCCAGUGGACGGCUUCACUGACGUGCUGCUGCCCACUGACCGUUGGGCCUGGAGUGACCUCACAGGGGUGACCGCCCAGCCACUGCACAGCUUCCUGUUGCCCUCAAACAGCUGGGAGUGGGAGGGGGACUGGUACGUUGACCAGGUCUGCGCUGGAGGAGACCCCACUGAAACUGGGGGCUGGGAGUAUGCAGUGGACUUUCCUGCUAACUUCUCCAGAGAGAAGAAGUGGAACUCAUGUGUUUGUCGCAGGCGAUGGAUUAGAGACAGGAUAUACAAAGCCAGAGGCUCUUGGACCAAGAUCCCCUUGGACCACCCCAAGCAGCCCCCUCUCCCCCUCAGUGACAUUAGCUGUGGAGGCUGGGAGAUGAGCGACCAACCCGGGCGAUAUCACUUCCUGUGGGGUGUGUCCCAACAAGGACAGGUGUGGUUCAGGAGUGGCAUCCUGCCACUGGUCCCUGAGGGCCAGUGUUGGGACGAGGUGGAGGCCCCCAAGGAGGUGGCCCAGAUCUCUGCCGGACCAGGGGACUUGCUCUGGGCUGUACUCUGGGACGGACAGCUACUGGUCCGCACGGGCAUCUGCCUGGACAGCCCUACAGGUUCCUCCUGGGUGGUGGUGGAUUCUCCCCCAGUAAAGGAGGGCGGAACCAUCCAUGUUGCUGUGGGGGUCAGCGUGGUGUGGGCCGUCACUAAGGACUACAAAGUGUGGUUUCGGCGGGGGGUGAACUCCCAUAACCCCUGUGGCUCAGGAUGGAUCAGCAUUGGAGGGGAGAUGAUGAUGGUGGAUGUGGGACUCAAUGACCAGGUGUGGGGAGUUGGAGAGGACCGUGGGCUGUACUUCAGGAAGGGUGUCACCCCAUCGGAGCCCAGUGGGAGGGGCUGGAUACCUGUUUCUGCCCAAUGGGGUCACAGCAAAGAGAUGGUCCAACCCAGUGCUGGCUGUGAGUUCGGGGGACAGGUGACCAAUGCUUCCCAUGGCUCUGUUCUGACCUGCGAGGACUCAGGGGACACAGAGCUCCUCCUCACCACCACCCCCCCAAGGCCACAGGACAACCCCAAAGCCUUCAUCCCCACCAGUGACAGCUUCAUCUCCAGCCUGGUGGCUGACCGUGAGCCCCUGAGGACCCCCACACCCUCCCCCAAAAAGCCACCCCAGGGGAAGGACAGCGAGGCCACCCCAGCCCCGAUGUGCAAUGUGGACCUGGAGGCAGCCCAGAGCCCCCAGGGAGAGGCAUCUUCUCUAGGCAGGGCAGGGGACGUGGGACCCCCCACCUCAGUGGCCACCUACCCCCUGGGUCUGGAGUCUCUGGGUUUGGGGGAGGAGGACGGGCCUGUAUGGGCCUGGAUCUCUGGCGGAGGCUGUGACGUGGACCAUACAGCUCAGAUGACCUGGCUCAGGCCUGCAGACCCAUGCUCCACUGCCCUGUCCAUCGCCCCUGUUGAACCAGAAGCCUCGACGGCUAGGAAGGCCGAGACCACCACCAGUAAGGAGCCAGUGGAGAGAAGUGCGUCUGUGUGGGUGAGGAAGGGCAGCAUGCGCUGGUGGAGGGACUGGAAGCCCUAUCGCUGGGUGGAUGUGGGCGUGGCCCUGGAGCAGUCCACCAACGUCAAUGACAAGAGGGAUGCCAUCUUCUUCAUCUACUUCACCCAGUAUGAUGAGAAGAAGUACCUCCAUGUGUUUAUAAGUGAUGUGACGGUGCUGGUUCCUGUGCUCAAGGAAAACUCCCAUCAUGCCUUUGCGGUGUACACGUCAGAUAGCACAAAACAAAGAUGGCCGCUGAUCCUGGCUGCACAGACUGAGAAGGACAUGGCUGACUGGCUGUCCCUGUUGGCUGGGUGCUGCUGCGAGGCCAGAGGGAUCAGGGGAACCCCCUCCCGACAGGCCCUGUGGUCAGUCACCUCCAAGGGGGACGUGAUGGUCCACGAGCCCUCUCCCUGUCUGGAGGCCCCGGCACACACCUUGCCCUGUGACAUGAUGUUUUGGCUGCAGGUCCCGGGCCACCUGCGCUGUGUAGAGUCUAACAGUCUGGGUGUGGUGUGGGGGAUCGGGUAUGACGGCACCGCCUGGGUCUACUCUGGUUCGGGCAGCGCUGCUGGGGAAGAGCCCCCUCAGGGAGACAGGGGCAUCCUGCCCACACAGACAGAUGGAAGGACUGUGUACAUCUUUGAGAACCAGCGAUGGAACCCCAUGACCGGAUACACAGACAAGCUUCUCCCCACAGACCGGUUCCCGUGGAGUGAUGACAAUGGCUUUACAGAGUGCACCAAGUCCACCACCCACCCACCCUCGCCUCAGUGGAGCUGGGUGACAGAGUGGGCCGUCGACUUCGCUUUCUCAGGAGGGACAGACAAAGAGGGGUGGCAGUAUGCAGCAGACUUCCCUGUGACGUUUCAUGGGAACAAGAGCCUGAAGGACUUUGUCAGACGUCGGCGCUGGGUCAGGAAAUGUAAAAUCACCCUGACUGCCCCAUGGCAGGAAGUCCCACCCAUCCCCCUAAGUGACAUCACAGUGUUGCCGUCCCUGGCUCAGAGCAGUAUGGAGCAGGUCCCAGUCUGGGGCCUCAGUGACAAGGGGGACGUCCUGUGUCGCCUGGGGGUCACCCCCCAAAACCCUGCGGGUUCCUCGUGGCUCCACGUGGGUACUGACCAGCCCUUCAAGUCCAUCUCCAUCGGGGGAGGUCACCAGGUGUGGGCCAUCGCCAGGGACAGAGCUGUGUUCUACAGGGGCUCAGUGUCUGCCAGCAACCCUGCAGGAGAGUGUUGGUACCACAUCCCUUCCCCACCCAAACAGAGCCUCAGACAGCUGUCUGUAGGGAGAACCUCGGUCUACGCCGUGGACGAAAACAGUAACCUGUGGUACAGACAGGGCCUGACUCCCAGCUACCCCCAGGGCUCAGCCUGGGAGCUCAUCUCCAACAACGUGACCAAAGUCUCAGUAGGACCUCUAGAUCAGGUAUGGGUGAUAGCAGACUGGGUCCCAGGCUGCCCCAGUGAGCUGUCUGUCCCUGGAGCUGUCUGUCACAGGCUGGGGGUGGGACCUAUGCAGCCCAAGGGCCAGUCCUGGGACUACGGCAUCGGGGGAGGAUGGGAGCACAUCAGUGUGAGAGGGAACUCCACAGAGGCUCUACGUGCCACCCCGGCCCUUACUGGAUCCACCCCCCGUAGCCCACUCCCUGCCAGGCCAGUCCUUACUGGAUCCACCCCCCGUAGCCCACUCCCUGCCAGGCCAGUCCUUACUGGAUCCACCCCCCGUAGCCCACUCCCUGCCAGGCCAGUCCUUACUGGAUCCACCUCCUGUAGCCCACUCCCUGCCAGGCCAGUCCUUACUGGAUCCACCCCCCGUAGCCCACUCCCUGCCAGGCCAGUCCUUACUGGAUCCACCCCCCGUAGCCCACUCCCUGCCAGGCCAGUCCUUACUGACGCCACCCCGCAUAGCCCACUCCCUGCCAGACCAGUCCGUACUGACACCACCCCCCGUAGCCCACUCCCAGCCAGGAUACCUUUGUCACAGGAGAACGGGAACUCUGUGGGUCUGUAGGGUCCCUACUAACCCGCCCCGUUCCUACAUCUCUACCCACAGCCCUGUGUGUGCCUGAUUCCAUUUCCAACCCUGGUUGCACAUUUUUGCUACAACCCAGCACCAACAUGGUAAUGUUGGUCUAAAUGUAAAGACCAUGAAUUGGUUGGAUAUUUAAAUCACUUAGUGUUAGGCUGAAACAUGUUGGCCACCUUUGACCCAGCACUGGAAGUAUUAGUGCUUCUGUCAGUUUAUCCAGUCCACGGUCUGUGAAACUUAGUGGCAGGUGCUAGGAGAAGUAGCUAGGGUGAGAAAUGGAACCAAGCCUGUGUCCCAUACCAAGACACUGACUGCCUACGCCACUCCCUUGGACCUCCGUGUAGUCUUGCUUUGUAUGAUUUUGUUUUGGCUUUCUCAUUUGCCUAGUUGACACACUACCUUCUCAUCAAGGUCUAUGUAUGCUUUAGCAUUUAUUUUUUGGUUUACUGUCAUCUUGGUUUGGCCUGCAUGAUGUUUGCAAUAGCUUUUUCUUCAGAACUAAAAAUAUCAACUCUAGUCAUAGCUCUGGGCUUCCAUGACAAGGAUUAUUUAAUCAGUCAAUUUGCAACCAGAUUUUUUUCCUCAGAUGGUAGUAAAUAAUACAAAUGAAUAGCAUCUAUUUGCUGUGUUAUGUAUUGUUACAUCCAGAAUGUUAUUAAUAGGACCAGGAGUUCUUUCUGCUCAGAUCACAUGAUCUGCAGAAGCUCCAGGCUCUAGUUAUGACAUCCCUGGUGGAUUACUUCAGUAUUCCAUGCAGAUACUGAGGCUGGAGUGCAUACAUUGCACUACAAUGACAAUUUCCUGGAUGUUUGGCGAUUGCAUUUUGUAGUCAUGUCAGCUACCUUUAAGUGCAGCGUAAUGUCUGAGUUUGCUGUGGCCUUGACUGUUGAGGAUACAAGGACAGACAACUGAAAUAAAUUCCAAAACAGCUCUGCAACCUUGGGUGUUCUUUGUAUGGGCCUGGAGUGAUGCAUUAGUACACCUGUACAAACAUACUAAAUGUUAUGUAAAGAACCUAUUUAACAUUUUGUUCUACCAAGAUGGGAUUGAUGGUUGAGUAACACAAUGGCUACAAUCAGACAAGCUAUAGAAGUAAAUGUGCAUUUAUUUCCAUAUUA